GUUCUGAUGCUGAUAGAUGCAAGUUUUGGCUUUGAAAUGGAGACCUUUGAGUUCCUGAACAUUUGCCAAGUUCAUGGCUUCCCUCGGGUCAUGGGGGUCCUCACACAUCUGGACACUUUUAAGAACAACAAGACACUCAGCAAAACAAAGAAACGCCUCAAACACCGCUUCUGGACUGAAGUUUACCAGGGUGCCAAGCUCUUUUACCUGUCUGGAAUGGUGUACGGAGAGUACCAGACACAGGAAGUUAAAAAUCUUGGACGGUUCAUCUCAGUCAUGAAGUUCAGACCUCUUGUUUGGAGGACUUCUCACCCUUAUGUGGUGGCUGACCGUAUGGAAGAUCUUACUGAUCCUGAGGCUAUUAGGUUAAAUCCCAAAUGUGACCGAACCGUCUCUAUGUACGGCUACCUACGUGGGACAUUCUUGAAGAAUAAAUGCCAGGUCCACAUUCCUG